AUGCAUCUAUUCAUCCUCCAGUUCUUCAACUUCCUAAUCCUACUUUUCCUUGUGAAAGCCCCCGCCCUCUCAGCCUUCGCUACGCCGAUAAUUCCCCCGGAAACUCCGCAAACACUCAACAAUAAGGUGUCAACGCAUAACUACACCCAGCGUAUCACCACUGUCCCCGUCCCAACGGCCAAAGUCUGGUGUCCCAUGACAUAUGACUGGUCGAGAGAUUGGACCGUGAACGUGACACAACGGGCUUACGACCUCCUUACCGCUUCGUCAAUGCUGGGGAUUCAUUGUCAAUACGGUAGUCUUACAGCUAUUCUCGGGAUGAACGCGUUCAAUGAUAGCAAUCCACCCACAGGUUCGAAACUUGCCCCUGUGCAUGUCAAGAGGAACCACCGAAAUCCCGAGCACGUAACCCUCGCACCGCGCUCCGGGAUGUCCUGGACUUUUGGUAGCGUCAGAGCCUACGUGUGCAAUUACGGCGCCGGCUGGCCGUGGAAAACAUGCGAUAUUACGGAGCUGAUGGCUGCCAAAGAGAUAAUAGAGGUUGCGUGCGGUAGUAAACUCAACGCUAAUGGAGAGACUUGGCCCGAACCUGAGGGCGGACCGGGAUUGGAGAGGCAGACCGCUGUUGGUGGGAAGUGGAGGAGCUGGGAUGAAGAGAAAGAGUAUGGGUUCAUGGACGCUGAUGAUGAUAGCGAGUGGUGUGAGGGCAUUGGAGAUCGUAUUGCUCUCCCUGUUGAUGACUAG